GCUAGCUAUAAAGGACAGAAACACUUCCGCAGUAUCUCAGUCAGUAAACCACUACCAUUUGCAAACUUGCGAUUCUAAUAGAAUAUAUAAACCUGCCUUCACUUGACAGACUUGACCUUGAGAGUCUUUGUCAAUUAAUUAAGUGAUCGAGAAAAGCAUAAAUUUGUUGGAGGUUAAACCAAAGAACAGACCAUGGUUGUCAUUGUCACUUAAUUUUUUCUGUAUAAACUCAUGUUCUGAGGUGAACGUGUAUAGAAUAAGACAUACUGUUAUUUACUACCUGUGCCUGGAACAAUUGUUCUGUAUAUUUCAUUUGACAAUCUCGGACUAGUGAUUAAUCAGAGGAUUAUUGAUUAAGUGAGACUUUAAUGAGUGCCAGAGGCAUUGAAUUAAGUGCGAGAAGAGUCGUUAUCUGCGGUGACAGGAGAAUGGUACUCAGCAAACAUGUGAAAAAUUACAGGAGGGGAGUCUCGCUGACCAGACGUCUGACAGAAAGUGCAACUGGCAGAAAUGACCCUGAGAACCUAAAAGCAAUGGCUGACAAGCUUUCGAACUCCAUGAAUUUGAUCUCAAAAACAAAGACCACAAUGACCCUCCAGAGCCAGUGGAAGGUGCUGGCCCAAUUGAAGGGUUAUCUAGCUAGGCCAGAGUACAAAAAUUUCCAGAUAAUAUUCAGCAAGUACUGGAUGGAGGCUGUCCAGAAGAUGACGUACCCCUCCACUGAGACUUUGCGAUCCUUUUCCAUGGCGGACCAGUCAAACGACAAGAAUAUCCCAUCAACCAGUGACGAGAAAACGUCCAAUGGUACUGAUGAAAUAAAAUCACCCAAAGAUCUUGAGGCUUCCGUCAGCAAAUCAGUUCAACUGGUGAAGAACAAGGAGCCGGAGGUGCCCCAGAGCCAGUCUCUGACCGCAGAUCAGAUGAUUCAGAACACCAAGGAGCAGAUAAUGGCUCUUCCCCAAGCAGUCAGUGAAUUCUUCGAUAAAUUAAGUCCCAAGAAACCGACACCCCUAAUGACAGUACCAAAAUGGAAGACUAAUCUCAACAAUAGCAUCACUAAACACAGCAUUGCAUCCAGGACGAAGCACGUGUUGAACAGCAUCAGCACAGCUGAGUCGAUAGCCUCACAAUCGAGGAGGAUCGAGGACUUGUUGACUCACAUCGAGCAGUAUCCGGAGGCCAGACAUCUUGCCCUGAAGGAAGGGGCCGUCACCAUUCUCCUGAGAUUGAGGCAGCAAGCCCACAACGAGAAGAUCAUCGAGUCCAUUAGGGAGGCUCUUGCUGUAAUGGGAUAUGUGGAUCCUGUGCCUCGUCGGGGGAUUAGAAUUCUCUCCAUCGAUGGCGGUGGUAUGAGGGGACUUCUUGUCAUUGAAAUGCUUAAGAAACUCGAAGAGUUGACUGGACAGAGGGUUCAUGAGAUGUUCGAUUACAUGUGCGGCGUCAGCACUGGGGCUAUUCUGUCUGCUGUUCUUGCGACUAUUCGGGACUCCAGUGAUGCUGGUGGGCACAAGAGAAAGACUCUCGACGAGAUUUCCGAUCUGUACAAGGAUCUGAGCGCCAAAGUCUUCACCCAGGGCGCACUUAGAGGCACCAGCAGCUUGAUGUGGAGUCAUGCUUAUUACGACACUGCGUUGUGGGAGCAGAUACUCCAGGAACAGCUCGGGGAUAAAGAUUUGAUAAAGACUCAACGCGAUCCCAAUUCACCAAAGUUUUCAGCAAUUGCAUCAGUAUUCGACAAUGUUCAGAUAAUGGCAUACAUAUUCAGAAACUACACUCUCCCUCCAAGAGUGGAAUCCCAAUAUAUGGGCUCACACAGGCACAAGAUAUGGGAGGCCGUGCGAGCCUCUGCCGCAGCCCCAACAUAUUUCGAGGAGUUCAAACAUGGAAAAUACAUUCUAUCGGACGGUGGAAUAAUGGUCAAUAACCCAUGUGCUGUGGCCAUCCACGAGGCUAAAUUGUUGUGGCCAAAUACACCUAUACAGUGUGUGGUUUCCUUUGGUACUGGGAGAACACCGCCGUACAUCAACGAUGGGGACGAGAGCAAGGGCACAAAUGCCUCCAGUUGGAAGGAUAAAUUCGAUAAAAUUCUGGCCAGUGCUACUGAUACCGAAGGCGUGCACACAAUGUUGAAUGAUCUCCUGCCGGACCAUGUCUACUACAGAUUCAAUCCCUACCUUACAGAGAUGCUCCCGAUGCAGGAGACGAGGCCGGAAAAAUUGAGCCAGCUGGAGCAAGACGCGAGAAUGUACAUACGGAAGAAUGAUGAUAAAUUCCAUCACGCUGCGAUCGCCCUCAACCUGAAGAAACCGAUACCCCAGAAAAUUGUUGAUUUUCUGAAGCUGCGGAAGCAACUGCUCGGCUUUGACUAGGGGAAAUCCGAGAAAAUUAAAUGCAUUUUUUUGUGCCAUAGGAUAUCAAUCCCGACUGUGAUAUUAUAUAGACAGAUACGUGUGAUUCUUAUUUAAGAGGUAAAUUCAUGUUAGUAUUGUUAGGAAUUCUUGCCAGUGAUUUUUGUUAGUUGACCAUUAUGUUGUAGUAUCGGCGGUGAUCUACUUAUAAAUGUACAUGAAAAUAAAUAAGUUAUUUAUUGUUGUAACACGAUAAUUUUGUAAUUCAAUUCAGCAUCAAAUGAAUUGUUUCUGUCAUUAUUCUUGUUGUCAAUAAAAUAAUAUUUAAAGA